AUGGAUUUAACUACAUUGAAAGCUCAGAGAAAAGGACUGAGGGCGUCUUUUACCCUCAGUAUGAAAAAAAUUGAAGCUGAACUUUUGAAGGAAAUUACUGGUUCGGAUGAACUUUUAAUUUUAAGAAAUCAGAUUUCUGACAAAUUCAAGCGGCUAGAUGAUUGUCAGAGCAUAAUAUCUGAGCUGUUGUUGAAAGAUAAAAAUGCCGAGGAGGCUUAUUAUGAAGAUUGUGAAGAAGCAGAAAAUUAUCGGGACAAGUUUAUUCAAAUUUGCUCUCUGCUUGAUUUAAAGUUUGAAAAUGUUCAGCGUAAUGGGAACAUUAGUAAGCGCAACUUUAAGCUGCCGACGAUAGAACUUAAAAAGUUUAACGGCGAAGUAAGAGAAUUUUUAAAUUUUUGGAGCCAGUUCAAGAAAAUCCAUGAGGACAAGGGCAUUGAUAAUGAAGAUAAAAUGCAGUAUUUAAUUCAAUCGAUGGAACCUGGUUCGAAGGCAGAAAGAUUAGUGCUGAGUUUUCCUGCUACCGGAGAAAAUUAUAGUAGAGCAAUACAGCAGUUAAAGGAAAGAUUUGGCCGUGAUGAUCUGCUGGUGCAAGUGUAUGUUCGAGAUUUAUUGAGACUAGUUAUGAAAAAUGCUGCCGCAGGACGGGGGAAAGCUGAUCUUUCAUCCCUCUAUGACGAAUUGGAAGGAAAACUUCGCGCGUUGGAAACCCUUGGACGGACAAAAGAAAAGUAUGGAGAUUUCUUGACGCCUUUGGUUGAGAGCUGCCUGCCGGAAGAAGUUUUAGUAACGUGGGAAAGAAGCCAAAAUCAUAAUUUAACCGAAGAUAAGAACUGUCGCAGUUUAGAGCAGUUAAUGAACUUUCUUCGCCAAGAAAUCAAUGGAGAAGAAAUGGUUUGUCUUGCAAGAGCUGGUUUCGGCGCAAAUUCAAAUUUGGGCAAACGAGAGCCCACAACUGAGAAGGAAAGCGACCUAGCGACAGCUGCAGCGUUAGCCUCUAACAUAUGUGUCGGAAAACCCUCAGGAGUUGAUUCCUCUCACACCUGCAAUGUUCCUUAUUGA